UCUUCCUCCGGGGUCAGGGACGGAGGAUGGAGGUGACCCCGUCGCUGACUCCUGUGAACAGUUCAGCAUGAGCCCCGCAUGCAGCGAUGUGACAAAGCUUCCUGCCGCCAAACCAGAGAUCCUCGUCGGGUCCGUCUUAGAUGCCGGGUCAGGAAGUGAACCUGGCUCAGAGAAAGCUGAAGAAAGUGGUGAGGAGUCACCUAACCCACGCCGAGGGCUACUAGGAAUAUUUAGCAGAUCAGAGGCGAAGGAAAAGAUCUCUGAAGAGUCCACACAGAGUCCAGUCGAGAGAGAAGCUCUACUGUCAGGAGUGAAAGAAUUUGACCACGCCAGCUCAACUGGCAGUCUGCAGCAGCAGACGGAGCUUCCUAGCCAACAGACUGACCAAUCAGAGGUCAUUGUCGCCUCCAUCUCCGAUGCUAAGUCACCAAGGGACGCCGGCGUCAGUAAACUACCCCGCACUGUGUCUCCAAAGCCACAGUUCUUUGGAAUAUUUUGUAGAGGUGAAGCAAAGGAAAAAAGCCCUGAAACAGAGAGAGCAGUCGAAAAUGAAACAACCUUGUCAGAAGACAGAAGACUAGAUGAUGUCAUCUCAACCUCCCAAACGGAUUCAACGACCGCUCUGCAAUAUCAACAUGAAACUGAUAUUGAAAGUGAUGAAACUCAGGAGAAGACAAAAGUUCUACAGCCAGAGUUCUUGAGCGAAGAUGCAAUCCAAUCUGCCAGUUCGGUUGUAAACAAAGUUGAACAUGAGGUAGUUGAAAGUGAAGUCGAAGCUGACGAGUUUCUUAAGAAACUGUCCAACUUGAAGUCAUUUUGGGAGAGACAAUACAGUGGUGGUCCUAAAAUACUGAUCGCUAAACCAAGCUCUGAUUCAAAGAUUCAUACGACUAGCGGGGAUCAUUUCGACCAGAUGGAGGAUUUGAAUGAAGACCCUCCUAAGAUCGAAACGACAGAGGCGUCAUCGCGUUUUCAAAGUCCUCCUCUUGACCAUGACUCCAGUGGCAUGACGACCCCUGAACAAGCGGACAGCAGUGUCGUCGCCUUCUCCCAACCGCCGGCUGUCGCACAUCCAGAGAACCCUCCUCCGGUUGAAAGCAGCGUCUUGUUGAACAUACCAAGCGCAGAUGGUACGUUUACGGCUAGACCCAUCCUCAUCUGUGACGAGACAGACAGCAGCCCUGAGGAGGCAGCAGCAGACUCUCAGGUUGUCACCCAGCCGCAAGAUGACGCUUCUUCGCCUGUCCGUCCGUUAAGUCCCAGUCCGAAGCAGAAGGGUGAGAGUGAAACAGUAUCUCACGUAAGGCCCUUAAGCCCAGCCCCAAACACACCCAAGUCUCGGAUUCCAAAGCCCAAGGAUGCAUCUGAUGACGAACUUAGGAAAAGUCCGUCAAAAACAUGCCAUCCAAAAGCUUUGCCAAGAGAAGUGACAAAUUGCAAAGGAUCUAACGCCGGUUCUCCUUUAAAAACAUUCCCCAUAGACAUUGCCACUCUGUCAAAAGAGCUUGAAGAGGAAUCUGAGAACCAAACAGUUAGCCAGAGAAAAAGUCCCUCACACGAAGCAAAGCAAGCCCUUAAAUCCAUCUUAAAGAUUCCGUCUUCCCUCCCACAGUACAGACAAGAGCAGUUUUCCAUGACCCAACCAAGAAGAGGCUCCGAUCAGAGUGCUCUGUCGUCGUUGCGAUCCCCUAGUCGGUCCAUCGCCCAUCCAGGCAGAAGAACCAGUUUAGGGAACCUAAAUCUAUCAUCCGGUCUCCCGCGUGGACCGAAUCACAGAGACCCAACUGCAAGGAGAACCUCAGAAGGGGGCGUGAUCGGACCACAGCUUACAAAUCGAGAUUUAGGUAAACGGAAGUCUUCAGAAGAUACCGGAGUCACUUCCCAUCUCGCAAAGUCUUUCAUUCCCCAGAUCGUUCGACGUGUCGACACGACUCCACAAGGGACGGACGUCCCUCCCUUUCUUCAAGAACGACAAGCGGAAGAACCGAAAGCGAUCUUCGAUGCCCCUGCUGCCUCUGUCGAUGUUAGAGACAGAGGGUUCAGUCCCGCCGUGGAUUCGGAGGAGUCCCAGGACACGAGUACCACUGAAAGUUUGAUGCUAAAUGUUGACGGUGGCUCCUCAGGCGGGGGCAUACCAAAGGUUCAAUCUCGGGCAGGUCGUCCAUGCAGUUAUAACGAGGACGCAAGCCCUCUCAGGACAAAGUUGAAAGCAAUGCCUCAGAGACCGAUGUCUUUCUCCAAGAGUUUGGAGGACCUAACCUCAAGAUCAUCAACACUGCCUCCCAGACCCCCCUCCCUCUCCGACUCUGAGGACAUGAAGAUGAUUAGCGCGUCUGUGUCCGCUCUCCCACAGGAAGAGAAAGACGGCAGGGACAGUGACUGCACAUCAGAGAGCAGCCUCUACCUGGGCUGGAGGAGAAACGCUAACUCCCUCUGCAACCUCAGUCUGUCGUCCGGAAUGGUCUCUAUGUCCUCAGCCGGCAGCAUGGUUAGCAUCUACAGCGGGGAACACGGCGACGUGGAGGUGAAGGGUUCCAUCCAGCUGGCCCUGAACUACGUGCAGAAGCUCGGAGAGUUCCACAUCUUUGUGGUACACUGCAGGGAGCUGGCGGUCGCAGACCCCAAGAAGAGCCGCUCCAAUCCUUAUAUAAAAUGUUACCUUUUACCUGACAAGGCAAAGAUGGGCAAGAAAAAGACCAGUGUGAAAAACAAGACCCUGAACCCAACCUACAAUGAAAUCCUGAGGUUUAAAGUAACCAUGGAGACCUUGAAGACCCAGAAGCUUAACGUGUCUGUCUGGCACAACGAUAACUUUGGACGGAACAGCUUCCUUGGAGAGUUGGAGCUGGACUUGACAGAGUGGGACUUUAACAACACUCAGAUAAAUGAGUACACCUUGAAACCAAGAGUCUCCACCUUGACACAUUCGCCCUCUGACAGUCAGUCAGUCGACGGCAGAGGAGAGAUGAGAGUGGCUCUUCGUUUCCUGCCCAGGGUCUCUUACAGUAAAAGGCCGUCCAAACUGGAGGCCGGGGAGAUGCAGGUCUGGGUGAAGGACUGCAAGAAUCUCCCUCCAGUCAGGGGUGUGAUUAUCGACCCCUUUGUGAAAUGCGCGGUGCUUCCAGACUCGGGCAGGAGGACCAGGCAGAAGACCCGGGUGGUGAAGAGGACGACCAGCCCCAUGUUCAACCACACCAUGGUGUACGACGGGUUCAGGUCCGACGACCUGCGGGAGAUCGCCAUGGAGAUCACCGUGUGGGACCACGAUCGCCUGAGCAACCAUUUCAUUGGAGGCCUCAGAAUAGGACUCGGAAGUGGCAGAAGCUAUGGGGCGGACGUGGCGUGGAUGGACUCCACAGCAGAAGAAGCCAGGCUGUGGGAGAGGAUGAUGCAGGCUCAGAGUGAGUGGGUGGAGGCUGUGCUGCCACUGAGGAUGUUGCUGAUGGCCAGAGCGGGGGCUAAAUGAGGGGGGGGGGGGGGGUUUGGGGGGCGUCUGACCAAUGAGAGGGUUUAAAUGGAGGCAUCUGACCAAUGAGAGGGUUUAAAUGGAGGCGUCUGACCAAGACUAAGAAUGUACAGCUUAUUUGAUUCUUGUUUGUAAAUAUUCAUAUCACUUUAAAUCCACUUUAUAGGUAACGUAGGAAAAAAUACUUUUUGUUUUUACUUUAUCUCAAUGCAGCUUUUUUUUUUUUAAGAUAACAUUUUAAUUUUGUCUUAUUUAAAUCAGAAAUAGUUUAGACACAAAAUGCACAAAUGAACAAAUUGUCCCAAAUUAUUUAUAUUUUCUUCAAUGAAAACCACAAAUUUCACACAUCUCAUGAUAUCUAAUAUAAUAGAUAUAAUAGAGAACUGAAUAAUACAUAGAUUUAUAAAUAAUAAUAUUAUAAACUAGUAUAUGGUUGUGUAACUGCAAUAAUAAACUGGAUUUUAUUGCUAAACU